AUGGCUGAGGUAAAUUCACCGCAUAUGCAGCUUGACCUGGUCAUGCAUACCGCCGUGGACUUUACAGCUCUGCGGGGCGCCGGUAUAGGCGUGGUGCAGGAAGCCGAGUGCCCAUCGACGGGUGCUAUCCGAAACGAUCGAAUCCCUGGCCAAGAGCAGAAACAUAGCUACUCACGCCAUGACCUUGUGAUGAAUAACAUCAAGACCAAAACAAGAGCUCACAUGCUCGCCAUGAUACAUGCUUUGGGUUUUGCUCAUCGGACGAUCAAGAGAUACCCGAAAGCACUUCAGCCGCGAAAAGUUACCAUUUUAUCGGAUUUACCUGGUACCGUGAAACUCGUCAACCAUCAUAUCAGUCACCAUAAACCCCCCAAGACCGAUAGCCUUCGGAACAUAGCCAGCACGAAAGACCGCGCCCUCCUCAAAAAAAAUUGUCUCCAGAGUCCAAGGGACAAAGCGGGGAAAAGGGCAAGGACACUAGCAAAGCAACGUGGUCGCAAAUCUCUGAAAAGUCGUCGUGGGUCGCAGUUCGUCAAUUCUCCACCCGAGGCAGACGAGGCAGACGAGGCAAAGGAAGGUACAGAGCUCACGAAGCCACCGAACCUCCUUCCAAGGGUCGAAACCGACGAGUGA